AUGGCGUACGCCGCUACCUCAUCGCAGUCGACCUUAAAUGGCGAUGCGCAAACUACUUUAAAGCUGUCGACUUCAGCCCCAAGGCCUCCCAAAUUACACAAUGUCAUCACCUCCCUCCCUCCCGCUCCCAAUCCUCCUUCAGCCUCUUAUACUUCCUCACUCACCACCACCCCAAAUACCUUACAUCCAGCUCAUAACACGUCCAAUGCGUCCAGUCCCGCAAGUACUCCAUUGCAGGCUGCCACAGACGCGCUUCGAGGACGAAUACCGUCUUUCCCUCUCACCGCUCCCGCCCCCCUCGAACUCGGAGAGUCCGUGAUGGCGGUUCCUGGCAAUGCGAAUGCUUCCGGCUCCGGGGACUAUGUUAUCCCCAACCCCAACAAAGGCGCCGGUUUGAUGCGCCGAAUCUCCCGAGGUGCCGCCAACAAGCUCACCCGCAGGAGACAGUCCGCCUCUCAGAAUGACAAACGCGACCGCAGCUCCGGUCCAGUGAUCAUGCGCAGGCGCAGUGAUAGCAAAACAGGCACCCAAAACGGUCGGGAAAGCGCCUUGGACUCGGGCAAUGAAGACGAAAACAACGAAGGCCUCGACUCUCUGGGCCCCUGGUGCAGACCAGAGGCAUCCAGUCUCCCCAUUGAGAAUCGUUUCUUGAACAACCGGGAUCCUAGCACCAUCGCACCCAAGGCUGAUUCGGCCAUCCAGCGCGGCACCAUUCUAGAAAAAGUUACUCGCAAACGCAGGAAGCACGUGCGGUUCUUUCUGGAUCUCGAUUCCGCCAAGGUUUACUGGGAUGCCUCAAACCCGACAAAACGAUUCUACAUUGACGAUAUCAAGGAAAUCCGCGUUGGCUCCGAUGCUCGUAACUACCGGGAGGAACACCAGGUUCCGCAAGAGGACGAAAGUCGGUGGUUUACAAUUGUCAUUGCAGAUUCUGAACGGUCCAAGGGACGAGCGGUCAAGACCCUGCACCUCAUCGCCCCCAACAACCGGGACCUCGAGCUGUGGACUACGACCCUCGAGCACAUUUCGCGAUACAGAAUCGGUCUGAUGGCUGGCUUGGCUGGCUCUGGCCAAAGUGAGACCGUUUUGCUGGCUCACUGGCACCGCGAGAUGUCGCGACUCUUUCCCCAGGGACUAAUGCCUGGUGACGUCGAAAGCCUCGACUUUGGAGCAGUUGAAAGUAUAUGCCGCAGUUUGCAUAUCAACUGCUCGAAGAAUAUGAUACGGGCUCAGUUUUCCAAGGCAGACCUUGGCAACAAAGGAAGAUUGAACUUCACGGAAUUCAAGGACUUUGUCAGGCGUUUGAAGGCACGAAAAGAUGUGGAGGGGAUUUUUAAGCACUGUGCUAUGGAGCCCAAGGAUGGCUUCACUCUUGAUGAAUUUCUGGCUUUCCUCCGUGAUGUGCAAAAGGAAGACGUCGACUCGGACAAAGCCUACUGGACUUCGAUUUUCGAAAAGUGUGUUCGGAGGUCUAGAUCGCGCGCUCAGUCUCCUUCGGAUCCUCUCGACGUUCAGGUCCCUCGAAUGAGUCUGGAUGCCUUUAGCUCCUUCCUGGCCUCAGCCUGGAAUGGAGUCUACGCUUCCCGUGCUCCCCAGUCAAGAUUCGAUCGACCGCUGAAUGAAUACUUCAUCUCCAGCUCGCACAACACCUACCUUCUGGGAAGACAGGUCGCUGGCGCAUCCAGCACUGAAGCAUACAUCACUGCCCUGUCUCAGGGGUGUCGGUGCGUUGAGAUCGAUUGUUGGGAUGGCGCAGAUGGUCGUCCUAUUGUUUCGCACGGACGGACCAUGACUACCAGCGUCUUGUUUGCGGAUUGCAUCACCGUCAUCAACCGAUAUGCAUUCGUCUCAUGCGACUUCCCUUUGAUUUUGUCUCUUGAAGUACACUGCAAUCCGGAGCAACAGCUGGCAAUGGUUAAAAUCAUGAAGGAUACCUUCAAGGACCAGCUUGUCCUGGAGCCGUUACUCACCAACUGCUUUGUUCUCCCAUCGCCAGAGGAGCUCAAGGGCCGCAUUCUUGUCAAAGUCAAAACGUGCGAUGAGCCCCAAGCUGGUCCACGACAAGAAUCAACAGGCUCUUUCCUCUCGACUGGUCGGAAGCGCAGCUCAAGCUCCCCCUUCGUCCGCCCUUCGGUCCCCGAGAUGGUUGUGCCUUCUCUUCCUCCUCUUUCGAACUCUGCCACUGUCGGUCCAGACGGCAUCAUCUCUUUACUGACACAGGACAGACGGUCACUGACUGCGACGAGCAUGAGCAGUGCCACUGAGGAUAGUGAUGGUGCCAUGGUUUCAAUCAAGAAGGACAAGAAAAGGCAGAAGAGCAAGAUUACCAAGCCGCUUUCGGACUUGGGAGUCUACACCCGAGGAUACAAGUGGCACAGCUUCUCAUCUGCUGAAAGCCAACGGUACAACCACGUGUACUCGUUUGCAGAACGGUCCUUUGAAAGCAUCUGCCGCGACCCCGAAAACAAGUCUUCGUUCGAGAAGCAUAACCGGAAGUAUCUGACCCGAGUCUAUCCAUCCGGGUUCCGCCUGCGGUCUUCCAACUUCGACCCCCUAAAGUUCUGGAGACGAGGUGUCCAGAUGGCAGCAUUGAACUGGCAAACAUACGACAUUGGGAUGCAACUGAACCAUGCCAUGUUUGCCGCAGGAAGCGACCGGACCGGUUACAUUCUCAAGCCUGAAAGUCUUCGUGCGUCAGACCCCUUCGAUGAGGAGAAAAAGCGACGCAAGGAGCGAAAGUUGGUUCGUUUCUCGGUUGAUAUGAUCUCGGCGCAGCAACUUCCCCGGCCGCGGAGUUUCGGACCGGAUGACAGCAUCAACCCGUAUGUCGAGAUCGAAAUGUUUAGUGCUGAUGACCGGGGCCAAAGCGUUGUUCUCGGUGAAGGUGGCAUGAAUACCUCAGCGCGCAACAACUUAUCUGGAAUCGGCUCCCCACACCGUCGUCGUACCAAGAUCGAGCAGAGCAAUGGAUACAGCCCGAACUUUAACGAUCGAUUCAAGCUGUCGUUGGAGACCCAAUUUCCAGACCUUGUAUUUGUUCGCUGGGUUGUUUGGAGUUCCUUGGAUGGGCACGGCACGGGCAACAACAACAGUGUCCAACUGGCUACCUUUACCGCUAAGCUCAGCAGUCUGUCUCAGGGAUAUCGCUACCUGCCUUUGUACGAUGGUAGUGGCGACCAGUACUUGUUCUCGACAUUGUUCUGCAAGAUUACCAAGGAAGAUCCCGUGUUUGUCCAACGAUUGGAUUGUGAGGAACUUCGAGCCGAGCGAACAGGCAUCCUUCGAACGAUCGGCCAAACCGUUUUCAAACGCGCUGGGUCCACCGAGAGAGAAAAGGAUCAAUCGCAGGAUACCUCACCGGUGUUGACUCCGACCGUCUCUACAGCGUCUACCUCGUCGCUUCCUCCAUAG